GUUAGUACUGUCAUUGCAUUCCCGAAUCCUCUUCCCUCACUCUUGGUUUGUUUUCAGUCACAAACUUCCAUUUUUCUUAUUUAAGAUUUAAUGAAAAACCCAUUCUUCAAAACCCCAAUAAACAAAAAUCCCCCCUUUGCCCAAAUUUCUAUUUAAAAACCCUUCAGAACCCUAAAUUCGUCGAGUAAUCAAUUCAAUCUUACAUCGAGCGUUUGCUGCACAACGUCAAUUGGAAGGAGUUUCUGUCGUUUUGAGUGUUGAGUUUUGUUGCGGAAGAAUGUCAACGAGGAGGAGAGCAGGGGAGGAGAGAUUGUACUACUGUCCACCGGCGAUGCGGCGGCGGCAGCAGGAGCUGGAGCUGGAGCUGGAGCUGGAGCUGGAGCUGGAGCUGGAGCUGGUGCAGGAGCUGGAGCUGGAGCUGGAGCAGGAGCAGGAGCAGGAGCAGGAGCAGGAGCAAUCGGAGCUGAAGUCAGCCCCGUCGUCGCCGCUACCGGAGAGUAAAGGAUCCGGGUUGGAUUCGUAUUUGGAUCGGUUUUUGGAGCACACCACUCCCGUUGUUGCAAGUCAACAUUUUACUAAGACAAGUAUGAUAUCUUGGAGAAAUCGUGGUGCUGAGUUCGAUCCAUACUUCAUGCUCAGGGAUCUUUGGGAAUCUUUCAGAGAGUGGAGUGUUUAUGGAGUCGGAGUUCCCCUCCUUUGGAAUGAGAGUGAUUCUGUUGUCCAAUAUUACGUACCAUCCCUCUCUGGCAUCCAAUUGUAUAUAGAUCCAACGCGCUGUGUUGUGGAACACAGAAGACAUGGUGAGGAAAGUGAUGCUAAUUCCUCCAGGGGGGUGAGUACUGAUGGUGAUAGUGAAGGAACGGACAGAGGAGCCAAUGAUGCUCGUGGAUCUUGGAACCAGAAGAACAAUAUUGGUCAUGGAUUUAGAAGAUAUGCAGGGGGAAACAACCCUUCUAUGGAAUCAUCCGUGGAUGGGGACGGUAUUAGCAACCCCCCUGGUCUACUUAUCUUUGAAUACUUCGAAAGGGAUCUCCCAUUUCAUCGUGAACCGCUAGCUGAUAAGAUGUCAACACUUGCCUCUCAAGUUAAUGAGUUAAAAACAUAUAGGAGUUGCGAUCUGAGUCCUUCAAGUUGGAUUUCUAUUGCUUGGUACCCGAUAUAUAGGAUACCUGUAGGCCAUACUCUACAAAAUGUCGAUGCAUGUUUCUUGACUUUCCAUUCACUUGCUAAACCUGUGAAAGGUGGGUAUGAUGCUAGUAGCAAGCUCUCCCUACCUACUUUCGGGCUUGUUUCAUACAAGUACAAAGCCGCGGACUGGAAAGAGAAUGGGGUUGACGAAGGCCUGAAGGUCAAUUCCCUCUCACGAGCCGCUGAUAAUUGGCUUCGGGCACUGCAAGUUGAUCACCCUGACUACAACUUCUUCAUGUCACACAACACUCUCUGGAGUUAGUAGGAUAAACCGCAAGAACUCAUCUCCAACCGUCUCUAUACUGCCUUCAGCAUGGUAGAACCAACCCUCUCAUCGUUGCCACGAUACAGGCAGUAAGCGGUGUGUGCCUACGUAACUGGUAGAUGAUGAUGAAGUUUUGCACGGGAGAUGCGUAUUACGGUGCAGAGGAAGUUUUGACACCCGCCCUAGUAAGUAGCUUUCCUAUAACCAAAUGCAUAUAUUAGAUGUUUGGUGAUGGAUUUUGAACUUCUGAAUGAUAGAUAACUGUCUUACUGGCCCUGCCUCAUUUCCCUCUCCUAUUUUUUUUUAUCUGAAAUCGGGCCAUCGUCCUGAUUAGGCUGCCUGAUGACGACGAAUAGUAGUAUAUUAUGUAUACAACCUUUUGGCUAUGUAAUACCGAAUAGAUUGUAUAUUAAUAACCUGCCUGCGAUGCGUGGUUAUAUUUAAAUUUUGAAGUUUUUUUUUUUUUUUUUG